AUGGAUCAUCAAGCAGUUAUGGAGAAAUAUGAACAUUUUUUAAACAUGUUUAGACUAGUGAUACUGUCCCAAAUUUUCGUAUCGUCUGUAUCGAUCAUCACGCUUUGGUUUCUGUUCAUAAUGAGUUUCUCCAACGAUGAUAAAUACAAGGAUUCGGAUAGUGUAUUCAAAAAAUGUGUCUUCAUAACUCUAGGAAUAUUGUGUGAAAUAUUUAUUUUGUGUUAUCUCUUUGGCAAAUUGCAUGAUCAAAAAGAUUCAAUAAUAUUCGGGUUGUAUAGCAGUAAUUGGACUGAAAUGGAUAUGAAGUGUAAAAAAUUAAUAUUAUUGACAAUGAAAAUGAAUAAUGCUAACCAAAAAAAGUUAAAGUUUACUAGAACGAAAAUUGUAAACUUGGAAAUGUUUUUUAAAACAAUGAGUGAUUGCUAUUCGAUUAUUUCGGUUUUAAUAAAUUUAUCAGAUUAUUAA